AUGGGAAACAAACACUCAAAGGUUACAAAAACACCUUACGAAAUACUUGGCUUAGACACAACAUCCACACGGCAUGAAAUCAAGACAAGGUAUAAACAACUUAUAAUCAAAAUUCAUCCAGACACACACAAAAAUCAUGCUAAAGACACAUCUAUAAACGCUGCUGAGGUAAACGAAGCAUACAACAUAUUGAUGAAAUCACCGCCAGUUUUCGAGGCAUACACACAAGAGCUUUUCAAACAAGAUGUCAGGAAGUAUGCAGGCGAUUUCUUCGAAAGAGUUGCAAAUUAUUGCAAAAUCACAAAUUAUCCGAGAUUCGACGAUCCGGGUUUCGAACAAUUCUAUUACUUCUUCACCAACUUCAGAGCACAGGCUGAGUUUGAAACCGAACAGGAACAAAAUACUUUCUGCCUAAAUGUUCGUAAAAUAGCAAGGAUGGUCCGAAGCAUUGAUAAACGAAUGGAUAUAGUUCUCCACACAACAACACCCUCUUUCCAUUCAUCACUGAACAAACAACCAAGAUGUAACACUUCAAAGGUAUAUCCGUUCAAUUGCAACGAAUGUAGCAAAGGAUUUCACUGUAGAAACCAAUUACUCAACCAUCUCAAUAGCAAAAAACAUCUCAUAAAGAUAAGCACAAUAUCAGACACACCGGGAAAAUACAUCCAAGAACAAAUAGCUGGAAUAAUCACAAUACAUCCAGAUACACAAGCACCUGUAAAUCCAGAUAACCAAACAACAACACCUAGCGAUACAGACACUCCAAGCAGCGUUCUUAACGAAGCAAACCAAUCGGAUCAUCAAAAACCUAAAAAAUCAUACAAAAGAGAACCUGUUGCAUUUAGAACAUGCUCAAAGUGCAAGCUUAUAUUGGAUGGCAGAGAAGACCUUCUUCUUCACAUGAAAGCAAAUCAUCAAAGCACAGGUUCAAGCAAUCCGUAA